UUUUUUUUGCAGCGACGUUUUGAGUUAGAGGCAAGGCUGAAUUUUCGCAUGAGCUUCACCUCUGAUUCUCUUACACUGAGGAUUUUCAAUGGGCCGGUCCUUCAGAGCGUAGUUACUCUUUUUCUUUCGAGCAAAUGGCAUCCCUCAGCGGCGAAGAUGCUCUUCAAGAUUCGGCAGCCCUGUCCCUAAACGAUUUAGAGAGCCUGCAGGGCUUCCGCAGCCGCUCGGCGAGCGUCGGCAGCACGGGCUCCAGCGGGCGCGUGCAGCUCCGCCAGCGAGUCGCCCAGCUUAUGGCUUGUGUAGAGGACAUCGGCUCCGAUGAUGAAAUCCAUGAAGAAGUGUCUCGCACCCUGGAUGAAGCUUUCCUCCUCUGGGGGAAAAAGAUGAAGGAUAAGUGGCAAGAAUUCAGACUACAUUUAGUUACCUGGAAUGUAGGCACGGCUUCUCCACCUCCUGAUGUCACUAGUUUGCUUCAGCUCGAUUCUCUGGGCCCAUCUAUGGAUAUGUAUGUUAUAGGCUUGCAGGAGGUGAACUCAAGAAUCACAAAUUUUCUGUCUGACUUGGCGUUUGAUGAUCCAUGGAGCAUUUUUUUCAUGACCGUAUUGUCUCCACUGGGAUAUAUCAAGCUCUCCUCUGUUCGCAUGCAGGGAUUACUGCUUCUGAUCUUUGUGAAGCACGUCCACCUUCCUUUCAUACGGGACAUUCAUACCCACUACACCCGCACAGGCCUCUAUGGAUACUGGGGGAACAAAGGAGGAGUCACCAUUCGCAUGUCCCUCUACGGCCAUACCAUUUGUUUCAUGAACUGCCACUUGCCAGCUCACAUGGAGAACACAGAGCAGCGACUGGAUGACUUUGAGAAGAUUCUGGAAAUGCAGUUUGAAGGAGAGAAUGUUCCAAGUACAUUGGAUCACGAUGUCCUCUUCUGGUUCGGGGAUCUAAAUUUCCGGAUAGCCGAUUACGGCAUACAUUUUGUCCGUGAAUCGAUCAACAACAAGCGUUACAGUCUGCUGUGGGAAAAGGACCAGUUAAAUAUGGCCAAAAAGAAGGAAGCAUUUCUUCAGGAAUUCAUAGAGGGUCCUCUGCAGUUUAAACCCACCUACAAGUUUGACCUGUAUUCAGAUGUGUAUGAUACAAGAGAGCGGAAGUCCUUCUUUUGGUUUAAUGAGAAGAAAAGAAAGCCAGCGUGGACUGACAGAAUUCUUUGGAGAGUGAAACAUCUCUGCCAGCAUGCAGCCAAAGAAGGCCAAUUCUCUGAAGAAGAGCAGACAAUUUCUGUUACUUUGAAUAAUUAUAUCAGUCACAUGAGCUAUGGCAUCAGCGAUCACAAACCUGUUACAGGAACAUUUGGCCUUGAGUUGAAGCCUCUUCUAUCAGAGCCUUUAGUCACUCUGAAUCCUGAGGGUGAGUGGAGUGCAGAACAUGAUGUUCUGAUCAACUAUUCUGCAGUGCCUGAAUUCCCAAGCAGUGCUUGGGACUGGAUUGGACUCUUCAAGGUGACUUUCAGGCAUGCGAAUGACUAUGUUACUUAUGCUUGGGUAGAAGAUGAUGAAAUUUCUUCUAACAAAGACAGUAAACAAGUUUACAUGAGUGCUGCAGAAAUACCUGAUAUAGGAGGAGAAUUCGUGCUUUGUUAUUACAGCAACAAUUUGCAGUCAAUAGUUGGUAUCAGCCAACCUUUCCAGAUUCAGCCCAACAGAACAUUAAUAGGAGGGGAUCUGAGACAGGAGGAGAACAGCUGGACACGGAAACCGGACAGUCUGGAAUCACGGGAAGAGUUCUGAAGGCAGAAAGGGGCAUUUAGUAGUCCUGAUUCAGGAGUCAGAUGGUUCUCUGUUUUAGUCAUUAUAAGCUUUUACUCUUAGAAGAUGGAGUAAGACAGUGCAAGACAGGUAGGAUUGUUCAGAAACUUUGUAAGCUCUUAGAAGAUAAUUUAUUGUGGAAAAAGAUAUUUUAUUGGUACAGGGAGAGCAAGUCUCUUGCACUGGAUGAGAGCUAUUAAAAAAGCACCUAAUAAAUGCUGUAUGUUUGAAGGUGAUAGAUUUCUAAUACAGUGGUUUAACCUAAAUAAGUUAUGAUCUGCAAUAGAUAUUUAGGUUUGCUCUUUUUUUUUUUGGUAGAAGCUAUUUUAUUUACGAUACGAUGCUGACCGUGUAGCCACUUUAACACUGACUUCCAAAUGUUGAGUUUAAAUUAAGUUAUUUAAACAAUUAUUUAUUAGACACAGCUAGUUAGCUUGGUUUUAAAUUUUAUUGGACUUUCAAGCUUCAGCUAAUUACCUUUUGGGAAAAACAUGUGGCAGCAGGUCACAUGAAAACAAAAUCUUUGGAGUGUAAAUUCUCCUUUGGUAGCAGAUCCCUUCCUUCAUGCCUUACUGGUGACUGUUCUUAGGAUUUUCUAUUUCACAUUUUUCCACACUGAGAUAUAUUUCUCAAAACACCCUUUCCCUGGUCUUUAAGUUUUUGGUUUUAAAGUUCUUCUUUUAUGAAACAAUUUAGCAAUGUAUCUGUUGCUUUUUAUCCCUCUGAUUUAAGGAAAGAAAAAUAAAACCACUUUUUAUACUAGUCCCUGGUUCAGAGUUAACCAGGAUCCCAUACUUAAAUUGAGCAAUGCUUUAAUGUAGGUGAGCAGGCUCAUGAAGCACUUGCUGGCAAAGAGCUAAUGAUUGUGGUACUAUCCUUGAUUUUCUGUUGUCAUACUGAAUAUGGAAAACUGAACCCUUACUUAAGUACUUGCUUAAGUACUUCCCUGAUACCACCCUGCCACAUAAUUACUACAGAGAUGAAUUAUUUCAGUGCAACAGAUUCUUUCUUGCAGCAUAAUCUAUGAUACCAAAAUUGUCAAUUUUUU